AUGGGUGGGCCCCGGGUCCUGCUGGCCACGCUCUGGGCCCUGGGGGCCGCCGGAGCAGCAGCGCUGCGCAUCGGAGCCUUCAACAUCCAGAGCUUUGGCGACAGUAAAGUGUUGGACCCGGCCUGCGGCGGCGUCAUUGCACAAAUCCUGGCUGGCUAUGACAUCACGCUGGUGCAGGAGGUGCGAGACCCGGACCUGAGCGCCGUGUCCGCGCUCAUGGAGCAGAUCAACAGCGUGUCCAGGCACGAGUACGGCUUCGUGAGCAGCGAGCCCCUGGGUCGGGACCAGUACAAGGAAAUGUACCUGUUCGUCUACAGGAAGGACGCGGUGUCGGUCGUGGACACGUACCAGUACCCGGACCCGGAGGACGCUUUCAGCCGUGAACCUUUCGUGGUCAAGUUCUCGUCCCCCCGCUCGGGUGAGGCACCCCGUCCCCCCCUCCCGCGGGCCCCACCCGCCCGCCGGCCCCGCCUCUGACCCGCGCCUCCCGCAGCUGCCGGGGAGUUCGUGCUCAUCCCGCUGCACGCAGCGCCGCACCAGGCCGUGGCGGAGAUCGACGCUCUCUACGACGUGUACCUGGACGUGAUCGACAAGUGGGGCACGAACGACUUCUUGUUCCUGGGCGACUUCAACGCCGACUGCAACUACGUGCGGGAGCGCGACUGGCCGUCCGUCCGCCUGCGCAGCAGCGAGGUCUUCAAGUGGCUCAUCCCCGACAGCGCCGACACCACCGUGGGCAACUCGGACUGCGCCUACGACCGCAUCGUGGCGUGCGGCGCCCGCCUGCGCAGGUGUCUCAAGCCCCAGUCUGCCGCUGUGCACAACUUCCAGGAGGAGUUUGGCCUGGACCAGGCUCAGGCCCUUGCCAUCAGCGACCAUUUUCCUGUGGAGGUGACCCUGAAGUCGCACUGAAAACCCUCAAGGCCAGACUCAGGCCAGGAGAACAGCCCUACAGGGC